AUGAUAAAGGUAAUCCUCGACCUUCAGGACGAAAAUACAAUGCAAAAUUAUAAUUUUAUUUCAGAAAGUCAAAACCUGCAUUCUGAAACCACACAAGAGCAUGCGAUUACUUGGAAGGAGAAGAUAACAUCAUGUCGCUGGCUUGUUGGUGUUGUAGUCUGUAUACAGAUGUCCUGUUCAAUGACGUUGCGUAUGAAUAUGUCAAUGGUCGUAGUUUGUAUGAAUCCGCCCAACAUGACAGUUACAUUGGUCCUGAAUGGAACGAACAUCACAAAAAGAGACGAAUAUUUGGAUAACUACGUAGAAUGGGACAGUAACACGGAGGGCCUAUUGAUAGCCGGCUAUUACAUCGGACUUUUCAUCACCUCAAUGGCUUUUGGGGCAUUAACAGACAAGGUGAACGUUAAAGCAAUGAUGAUUGGUCUGACUUUGGUAAUGGUAGUGACGUCAUUGCUAACUCCAGUUUUGACGUUCGUGAGUCCAUAUCUUGUUCUUGCUACUCGGAUUAUACUUGGUAUUUCAGCGGGCGGGUUGGAACCCGGUGCUACACAGAUACUUUCAAACUGGGCUCCUCUCCCCGAAAGAGCCCAAAUGAUGGUUUUAAUCGAAACAGCCAAUAGUAUCGGUGCUAUUUUGAACUUUCUCCUGUCCGGACUGAUCUGCUCUAUACCCGUAUUAGGGGGAUGGCCGUUCAUUUACUAUAUUUUUGGAGGAGUAAACUUGCUCGCAAUUGUACAGUGGACGUUAGUUAUCUAUGACAAACCUAGCAUGCAUCCAAGAAUAACCAGGAAGGAACUUGAUUUUAUAGAAAACCACAAAGAGAAAAAGAACCUAACAUUACCUAUACCUUGGCUGAAGAUGAUGACAUCACCUGCGUUCUGGGGAUGUGUUCUUGGUUUCAUCACUUCCGGUGUAAUAUUCAUGAUCAUGGCAAUCUGUCUACCACUGUAUAUUGAACAAGUGCUUAAGUUUGAUGCCACAGUGAACGGCGCAGUUUCAGCUUUAGUCUUCGUAGGCAGAUUAGCUGGAGCUGUUGUCUUUGGACACUUGGCCGAUUUUGUUUAUUCCAAGGGCCGUCUUUCUAUCUGCCAGCUCCGGAAAUUAUUUCAAGUCACUGGUUUGCUUGGUUCUGUUCCAAUUGUUAUCUGGAUUGGCUUCCUAAGGCAGAAUGACCGGCUUCUGGCCGUGGUGCUAAUGAUUCUUUAUUGGUUCAUUGUGUCUGCUAUGAACUCUGGUUUCCGUGUCAAUCCUGCCGAUAUUGCCCCAAGAUUUGCAGGAUUGAUAAACGGAAUCAGCAUUACUCUCACAGCUGUCUUAUCUGCCAUUGCACCUUUAAUUGUUGCCGCCAUAACACCAAAUGGUACAGCAGAGGAAUGGCAGCUCGUAUUUUACGGUGUUGUUGGAGUAUCCGUAAUAGGUUCUGUCGUAUUUGUAAUUCUGGUCAGUGGUGACGAACAGGAAUGGGCAAAGGAUCCUACAAUGGUAUCAGACAUAGCGAUUACUGUAUCUGAUAACGACAUGAAGAAUGGUCUUUAUUCGGAAUCAACACCAUUAUUACAUGACAGCAAAAGCUAA